AUGGAGGACACAUACAGAGUCAUGACACAGCGUCAACCCCCACUUGAGAAGAUGUCUCAUGUGAUGCACACCAAGGUUAAAGUUCCCAGAGACAAGCCCUGCAUCGUACUUGAAGGAAAUGCUGGUACUAUAAUUUCAUGGAAUGCAUACACAACCGUUGAUAAGAGUGCUACUUUCACUUCAGAAGCUGAUAACUUUGUAGCCAAAAAUAUAGUCUUCAAGGGAUGUAUAAUAUCUGUUCUUCCUUUCAAUGGAGGAAGGGUAGCAGGGUUUAUAACAGCUCGGGGCCGAAAGUCGGCUGAGGAGAUGACUGGAUUUGUAUUUAAAGCAGGAACAGUAGUUAAAAAUGGAAAUGCACAUUCCUAUCUUGGCAGAGCUUAUAGAGCUUAUUCAAGAGUAAUUUGGCAUGACACAGAAUUCUCAGAUGUUGUAGUCCCCCAAGGAUGGCAAGCUUGUAACCAACACGAGGAAAAUCUUGAGUAUGCGGAGGUUAAAUGCCAUGGACCGGGGUCAAAUUUAUCCAAGUGUGUGAGAUGGUUAAAGAAACUACAAGAACAAGAUGUACAGAAGUUUACAGAUAUUUCUUACAUUGACCAAGAUGGAUGGUUGGCCAAUCAACCCUGA